AUGGCCUACAAAAGUCCGGAACCCACAGACGAGCUAGUGACAAGGGAAUCAAGACCAAACGGUGAUGGAAAUAACGGUGAAGACGAAUAUGAAGAAGAUCUGGAAUUAGAGAACAACGAAGAUGACAACUAUAAUGGCGACGACGAUGGAGGCAAAAACAACGACAAAGCUGGAGGCGAAGGAAAUGACAAACACGGAGGUGAAACAAAGGGAAAAGAUGGCGAUAAAAAUGAGAGCAAAGUUGGCGGCGAUCGAAGUGGAAAAGACGAAGGCAAAAUAAACAGCAAAGAUGGAGAUGAAAGCAGCAGCGAAGCCGGCAGCGAAAAAAACAACAACGAUGGCGGCGAAGGAGAAGACAGGGUGGAAAAUUAUGCACGGAAUAACAGGAAUGAAGCUAGCAGCAGCGGCGCAAAAGAAGGCGCCAGUGAAGAGGUGAAAAAGCAAUUUCACAACCCAAGCACCGACAUUUCGUUGUGUUCAAGCAUUGAAUCGGACCCAUGA